GAAUAAAACAGACAGAAUAGAACUUCAAUCCAUCCAUCUAUCUUCUAAACGCUUAAUCUGAGCAGUGUCGCAGGGACCGAAUAGAACAAUUGCCUACCAAUGCCGCCAAGCUUCACAUGUUUGGCGCCGCAAAUGGUGAACACCCAUGCCUGUAUCAGCGGGUGUUGUAAAACGAACCGAGGAGCGACGUACCUUCCCAAACAGCCGGUAAAUACGGAAGGAUCCCAGCUUUUCUCCGGACCGUGAGAGUACGGUCCCUCAUUCGCAGCCCGGCGGCCACAACGCACAUGCGCAGCGCCCCAACCCCCGUUUGAAAACAUGGCGCCGGAGUAUCUGUCAGUAACGGAGAGGUGGAUACGUCGGAAAGUUAAUCUUCAUCACAACUGUUUAGCGGAUGUCAGGUCUUUGUGUCUACCGGGAACUUACGAAGGGAAAAUCCGUCACCUGGGAAACUCUCUGAAGAACUUUGUACGCCUUAAAUCUUUGGACCUGUCCCACAAUGCUCUGGUGUCUGUUGAGGGGAUUCAACACCUGCAGAUGCUGGAGGUACUGAAUCUGUAUUACAACAACAUCUCAUCCCUGAAAGAUGUUCUUUUCCUGUGCAAGCUGAAGGCCUUGAGGGAGUUGGAUUUGAGACUUAAUCCCAUAGUCAGGAACACCCCAGACUACCGGCUGUACCUGGUGCACGCCUUGCCCAACCUACGCAAGCUUGAUGACUGUCCAGUUAGAGACAGUGAAAGAAAGGUGUCCAUACAGCAUUUCCCCACAGAUGCCAUGUUUGACAAAGGGCAAGUGGCUGAUUUUCCUCCAGGCAGAAGCAAGAGGAGCAGCCAGCCAAGGACGGCCUUAGUGAAUCGAAUGGUCGAGAAGCGCUGCUUCUUGGAUGACAACGAUGAAGCCGUGCUUAACCUUGUUGCUAAGGGUAACCUGGAUCUGAGUGAACCUCUGAAGUCCUCCACCAAUAAGCAGCCAGAAUGCCAACUCUAUGAUUUAUUGGAGGAAUAUGGGAACUUCAGGAAAGAUGACUGUCAAAUCCAUGCUGACAAUUUCCGUUAUACAAAGCAGGAUUCUGCUAAAUUCAUUCUCAGGCAUUCUCCAGAAAUAAAAACCAAACACCAGUGCGGUACAGAGCCACAGGUUACAGAUCUGGGUGAAGGUGGGCGUGUGUUAAGGACUGACAAGGGCCCAAGGGUCACCUUCAUUGACCCUGUACAUAUGAGUCAAGAGCUGGACCCCAUCAUAUCUGAGGCCCCGGUCAGGAUAGCGGCUCAUGGGACCUUCACCCCAGUGCCUGCAGACCCUCCAUCAGCUUCCAUUCCCAGUGCCUCCCCAGUAAUGAACCGGCCUUCCCGUGUUACCAACCAAGGCGGCUGGCCCUCAGACUGUCCCAGACCCUCUUCAGCUCCAGGAGCAAAGAGCAAAGAUCGAGAGUCCUUUAUCUUUGAUAGCAACUAUGGAAAACCUUUGGCUUCACUGCUAGCCCUCGUGGAUCAGCACUGGAGGGGUGAGACAUCUCUCCAGCGCAAUCGCACAUUCCUGGUUGAAGCCGUUCGGAUCCUUUCGGGAAUGGAGCAGGAUGCCUCAGGCCCACGGGAGGAAGUUAAAUCUCUGAAAGCAAACAUUGAGAACCUAAACACCCAACGACAGAGAGAAGCAAAGGAACAUCAGUCAGAGGCCCAGCGCCUUACCCGACAGCUGGAACAAGCUCAGAGCUCCAUAGAGGAGUUAAAUCAGCAGCUUAAGGACCUUUUGGAGGAGAACCUGUCUUUGCAGCGGCGGCUUAUUAAAUCAGAUCAGAGGCUCUUGGACAGCCGGAUGGACAGAGUCCCCGAGGCUGUAGAGGAUAGGAGCACAGCUGAAGGUGUGAGGAGGGAGGUGGAGGAGCUGAAGGAGAGGCUCCAGCAGGCAGAGAAGGUGCAGGAGCUGGCUGACAUGCUAAAGGAAAGCCACAGAUCUUUGUUGCGUAAUAAUAAAUGCCUUGUCGUGGAGUUAGAGGAGACCAGAACCCGGCAUCGGUCGGCACUGGAGCAGCUGGACCGGAGGUUCUGUGAGCUCAGCAGAACCGUCAGCUUGGUGCCUGAGACAUGCAAGAGGAAGACGUAACCUUUCGGGUUCCUUCAGCUUUUUAACACUUUUUGUACAGUUUUCACCCUUUUUAAAAUAUAUUUUCAGUGCACAAUGUG